GUUACUACUAAUCUCGCCCUGUGUAAUAGAUGCUUUAUAAACAAGAACAUCGACUGUUACCACGAGAAGCAAAGAACUCAAUUCAUCCUAAAAUUUUCGUUUUCUCAUAACAAGACAUGGCAACAAAAUUCGUUGAUAUCAAAGAAGAGCAACGACAACAAUCGAAAAAGUCGCAUUAAUAAAGUAGAGUCCAGCCUCCAGCGUGAAGAUCCGGCAACGCCGAAGGAAAUUAAUUGACGUUUCGGUGACGUUAUUUAUCUGUUUGUGGUUAUGUUGUUUUUUUUUAGUUUAAAAGUUUACCCAAAUUAAAAGAUAAUACUAAAAAAAUGUCGAACAGCCACUUAUUUUUAAAACCUGGCUUCAUAAAUGUGCCGCUACAGAACGGUGUAGGACGAUAUGUUAGUCAGUUACAACGGGUCGUUUUGAAGUUCUGCAAAAACAAUGGAUCUAGUCGUGGCAUGAGGGAAUUUAUAGAAUCAGGACUUGUGAAUUUUGCCAAGGAAAACCCUGGCGUGGUUGUUUACCUGAAGCCUAGAAGACAUAGGUCAGCAGUUAUCAAAGCUGAGUACUUGAAUGGAGAUGAACAGUGGAUGAGCUGCAGAAACUCCACACAAGAAGAGAUCUCAAAAUGGUUGAAUCUGCUCGUUUGUCAGUCCAAGAACCACACAGGAACUAGAAUUCGGAAGUUAUGGCACACAGAUCACCCAUCCAUCCAGGGCCCAUGGACACCGUUUACAUUCAGAGAUCCAAAGCUGAACUUGGCCACAUUCCCGAAUGAAGAGUUGGCUAAGCCCAAAGACAGUGAUGUGUCCAAUCAUGAGAGGUUAAUUGAGCUGUUCAAAAAGCAGAAGUUAGGAGAUUUAGAAAAUAGAAGAGGGGAAUAGUAAUAUAUUGUUUCCGUUGAAAUUUAGAUUGUUAGUUAGAUUUAACACACCAAUAAACAUUUUCAAAGUAAUAUUGCAUAUUUCACAGUUUGAUUUUCAAUGCUGUAAUGAAAAUGUGUAAAGAUUGUGGCUUGCGAGGUUUCUAAUUCUUACAAUACUUAUUGAUAUCACUAUUAAGGAAAGUGAAAUCUGUAGCUAACAGGAGGAUCCAACAAGAGACAUCUAGAACUUUACCUUUACCAAAGGUCGUUAUAUUACAAAAUUCAUUGAAAAAUAUAGGAUGCUAAAUUGACAUAUAUGUAUCCUCGAUAAUUGCUUCACUUUUCAAGUCAUUAUACUUAGCACAUCGAGACAGUAUCUAGAGUGGUGCUAUUUUUUGCUAUAUGAAACACAUUUGUAUCAUAACAAAGGCUAGCUCAAGUUUCACUGUAUAUAUCAGUAGUAGCAACUGAAGUCUUUAUUUAGUCCUGCAUAUUUUCUUGUUUUGUGGAUCAGCUAUAGCGCAUCAUCAGGGCACAAGAUUUGUAAUACCAUUACUCAUAAAAAUGGCAGCAAGUAGAUUGACUCUGCACUUCCUAGGCAACGCCGUCAUCACUUCAUAAAGGAAUAAAUUCAGCACAAGUUAAACCUUCUGACAAAGAAAUUGGUACAUGUACAACAGAGAAAUUAAACGGAUCGACUUAAUCAAGCAGGCCCACACUAUUAGUCCAUAGAUAUGCUUUCCCUACCGGCAGUUAC